AGGAUUCAGUUUAGACGACGAAGAAUUCUGACUGAACCCAAACACUCCAAUCCAAACCUCAUCUGAUUCCCUCGGUCUCUCCAAUCUCAGUUGCGUCUGCUUCAGCAAUGGGCUCGAAGAACAAGGACAAGAACAGGGACAAACCAAAGACGGAGAACGACAAUCGUCUUUCCAGUGAUCGAUCAUUGCGAUAAUUUUUUUUUUUUUCCAAUUAUUGAUAAUUUGUGGAAAUCUGAGUUGUAGUCUCCAAUAUUGCAUCUUAAAGGUAGCAUCUUUUGAUUGAUUUAGAAAUUUUUUGGAUUCGUUCUUUAAUUGUGCAUGGACUUGCUCGCUCUGAUUGCUUUCUCGUGCUCUGCGGAACAGGACAGCAUACCCUGGAUCGAAAGAGAGAGAGACCCCCACAGGUUAGCUGUUGUCGAAAUGGAUUGGAGGCAUGCGAAGAGGGAGUUGUCUGCCACUUAUCUUUAAGACCACAUCCUAGUGGAUAUCUUCGAAGAAGAAAUAGGUAUAGCAUAUGCAAAUUGAAUGCCACCAGUGUUCCAUGGACGGUGGUGGCGGAGUACGCGAUGGUAGCAGUGACCAACCGGCCGGUCAGCCCACCAUGACAACGGUAUCGCGGCACUUCUUCGGCGAAGACCUGAAUGACCCGGCUUUCUCCAUCUCGAUCAUCGAGAACAUGAAGGAGGAGUACGGACUCUUUGUGUGGCCCUGCAGUGUUGUCCUCGCCGAGUACGUCUGGCAACAGAGGUCGCGAUUUUCUGGAAUGACCGUCGUCGAGCUCGGAGCAGGAACGUCUUUGCCAGGCUUGGUUGCUGCGAAAUUGGGAUCAGAUGUUACGCUCACAGAUGAUGCCGGCAGAUACGAGGUGCUUGAGAACAUGAGAAGAGUGUGCGAACUAAAUGACUUGAACUGUAAGGUUAUUGGUCUAACAUGGGGAGUUUGGGAUGAACCCAUAUUCAGUUUAUGUCCACAGAUCAUAAUUGGGGCAGAUGUCUUGUAUGAUGCCAGUGCCUUCGACGAUCUCUUUGCUACUGUGUCCUUCCUUCUCCAGAACUCCCCCAGCUCGGUCUUUAUAACAACUUACCAUAAUCGCAGUUCUAAGAUUUUCAUCAUAUUCAGCGGGCACCAUCUCAUCGAGUUCUUGAUGGUGAAAUGGGGUCUGAAGUGUGCAAAACUCUUUGAUGGCUUCUCUAUCUUGCCUCCAAACAAGGCAUCGGGGAUCAGCGGCAAUAUUCAGUUGGCCGAGAUUGUAAUGGACGGGAAUUACCUGGAUGAAGCAACUGAUAAGGUCAGCCCAAAAUGAAAGCUAGUCGAGAAAGGAAGUGCUUUGAUGGAUGCGAACCUGUUACUAUAACGGGAGAGCUCAUAAUGACAGGAUUUACCCGGUAAAAAUCCUCUUGGGACAAACAAAAGAGGUUAUCGGGUUUUCCUUCGGGAAUUUUGAAAGGUGAAUUUUGUGUAAAUUGGCACUUAUGUUUGAUCUUGAAUUGGAUCCCGGGUCUUCUGUAAUCUGAAGCCCCUGAAAUUAAAGGAAAAAACUGAGACUUUGGCAAACGAUUGUCAUUGAUAACAAUCGGAAGCGCGAACUGCACCAAACUACAAAUGAUCCUUUCUGUUGAUAAUGAAACUGCAGAUGGUCGUUUUUCGUUCAUGUUGAAGUUGAACAGAUGAUCCCUUUAUCUUCU